AUGUACGGGCAUCCUGUGCACUCCCGAGAAGAUUGGCCAGUGCAGGAAAUACGCGACAUCGAGAAGCUUGACGAGCAGCGGCCGGCUCUGCUCAAAGCCUGCGUGCAUUCGCCGCAUGCAUUGUGCAGCCAAUCUGGAGCAGCCUUCCUCCUCACCUGCCUUGCCCAGCGUGCCGGGGAAGUUGAAGUAGCCGUCGAAGUGCAACAUAGGCGACAGCUGGAAGUAGGCAGCAGCUUUCCUCUCAUCAGUCGAAAGAAGUUCCGAGAGUUUCUGGCAGAGCUCGACGAAGCAUCGCAGCAUCGGUCAUUGUGGCUAUGUGAUGAACAUUUGCUCAACGGCUUGGACAUGUUGCAUGGGGUUCGACAACUACCUCUUUUCGGUGCGGCCGAUCUGCUCAUGGCAGCGCCAAGUUUGUGCCCACAGUCGCUGGCUGCUGUUUGGAUUGCCUCGGCUGGCGCGUAUAGCUGUUGGCGACGAGAUCCCGUGUGUUGGAGCACGUGUGUUUUCCUGUUGCUGGGGAGUGCUACCCUCCACCUUCGCCCGAGCGAGUCUCCGCCACCAGCGGCAUUGCCUCCUGGAUUGGGUGGAGCUUCGACAGCUCCCUUCUCUGUGGAUGCUGAUGGUGAGUACGAGAUUCAUGUGUCUGCAGGAGAGGUGGCAGUGGUGCCUGCCGGUUGGUGGUACAACUUGAGAAGUGAAGCAAAGGUUUUCGCUCUGCAACUGCAGCGUCUGGGUCCGGCUUCUGCAAUCUGGGCUUUGCCGCAGCUGCGAAGUUUCGGCUAUUCGGUGCAUUUCAGUGCAACCUCCCCCGAAUCGCUGGUCAGAAGUGUGCAGGAAACAGCGUCUCGACUUGGCGCGCUUUCGGUGCUACGACGCUGCUGCAGAGGCCUGCAUCCCUUGCCCAGCGAGAUGGCGUUGCCGCUUAUGAAGCCAGUUUCCGCUAGCAGCCCGGGUGAGCUGCUGCAGGCGAUGUGGCACCUCAGUGCGCGGUACCCGGAUUUCGUGAUGUCCGGAACCUUGCUGCCUGCAGAUGCUGCCUGCUUCACCAGUGCAUCAUUGGAAGCCUUCGUUGCGACCGCCGGCUUUUGGCGGCCGCCUCUGUCGCAGAAGAUUGCAGCGGAUGCCUGCAGCGUCGACCUGGACCAGCUUCCGCUGCCAGGUCACACCGCUCUGCAGCGGAGUCCUUCAGGAUGUGGGCUGCCACGGGUUAUAUGGAUGUUUUGGGCACAAGGCCAUGAGGGACUGGGAGCUUUCCGACGAGCCUGCAUAAACUCAUGGAUGCACAGAAAUCCGGCGUGGCAAGUCCUGCUGCUCAGUGCACAGUCCUGCUUCCAGUAUUUGUCGGAAACAGACCUGCCAACCACGUGGCGCCACAUCCGACUGGAUGCUCAGGCUGAUGCAGUUCGCCUUGCACUGCUCUCCAAAUACGGCGGAGUUUAUGUGGAUGUCAGCGUUGUUUGCAACCAGUGCUUGGACCAGUGGCUUGUACCUCACAUGGAAGGAAACGUCACCCUCGCAGCGUUUGUGUUCAGGCAGUUCGGGCGCAGAGACCGCCGUAACCACGGAGAGUACAUAGAGAACUGGUUUCUCGCGUGUCCCAGAAAUAGCGACCUCGUUCGCAGCUGGCACGCUGCUUUUCUGCGAUUUUGGGACGGCCGGACAAAUGCAAUGGAUCAUGGAGGUUUGCAAGCCAGCACUAUGUUCAAGGGAGUCGAUCUGAGCUGCAUGCAGGAGUCGCAGAAGAAUUAUUUGACCAUGCACUGUUGCUUCAAGUGGCUGAUUGAUUCAGACUCGCGGGCUAGGCACCUGUGGAAAACCAGGACCGUUCUUUUCUCUGCAGAUGACGCGCUGGGUUGGAUUCUCGAACUGGAGGGCAUAGGCACAGACUGGGUGAAGAGCAAUGUCGCCGGGCGCCACGUCUCGCGGUGGUUGUACCGGGAUGAUGUGGCAUGGGUUUCUGCGCUUGUGCAGAGGGCGCCGAUUCUGAAAUUCGUGGGCCUGCAUGCGCAGGUUCUUGAUAAGCAACCGUCCGAGCACUUGCUGCGCACCGGGAGUUGCAUGCGUCGUCUGUUGCAGCAUGCUUUGCCGAAGCACUGCUGCACCGAAGUCCUUGACUGCCACAAGGCGGUUGAGCUAUUCAAGUUGAAGUUCGAAUUGGCCGAGUGA